AUGGGCUCUAUAUCUGAAUUUCCCCGCAUCAAAGAGAUCCGCACCUUCAUCAUCGAUGGUGUAGGAUCCGGUGGUGAUUAUCACAAUGUCAAAGGAGGUCACUGGCUGAUCGACAGCAACAUCUCUACUCCCAUGACUAAAUGGGCGCAAUAUCGCGGAUCUCGUACAUCGUGGGGAAUCAAUGUCUUGGGCUCAUUCUGUGUGGAAAUAGAAGCCACAGAUGGAACCAAGGGUUUCGCGACUGGCUUUGGUGGCCCUCCAGCUUGCUGGUUGGUACACCAGCACUUCGAGCGUUUCUUGAUCGGCGCAGACCCUCGCGAUGUCAACGACCUGUUCGAGAAGAUGUACCGUGCGUCUAUGUUCUACGGCCGGAAGGGUCUUCCGGUUGCUGUCAUCUCGGUGAUCGACUUGGCACUCUGGGAUCUUCAGGGAAAGAUUCGUAACGAACCCGUUUACAAGCUCAUCGGAGGAGCUACUCGGACACGACUCGACUUCUACUGCACCGGACCCCAGCCCGCAUCAGCUGAGGCUAUGGGCUUCUCUGGAGCUAAGGUAGCUCUGCCCCACGGCCCAGACGAGGGUACCGAAGGACUCCUGAAGAACGUGGCAUACCUGCGCAAGCAGCGCGAGAGCGUUGGUCCUGACUUCCCCUUGCGCGUGGACUGCUACAUGUCGUUGAAUGUUCCCUACACUAUUCAGCUUGUCAAAAAAUGUGAAGCUGAGGGAAUCGACAUUGACUGGUGGGAGGAGUGCCUGAGCCCCGAUGACUUCGACGGCCAUGCUCUCCUCAAGCGAGCCCACCCCACUGUGAAGUUCACCACCGGCGAACACGAAUACUCCCGUUACGGUUUCCGCAAGCUCGUCGAAGGUCGUAACCUUGAUAUCGUCCAGCCCGACGUCAUGUGGGUUGGUGGCAUGACAGAAUUGCUCAAGGUCUCUGCGCUCGCAGCCGCAUACGAUAUCCCCGUUGUCCCUCAUGCAUCAGGCCCAUACUCGUACCACUACGUGGUUUCACAGCCCAACACACCAUUCCAGGAGUACCUUGCCAACUCUGCUGAUGGACAUACCGUUGAACCAGUUUUUGGAAACCUGUUCCUCAACGAGCCUAUUCCCACCAAGGGUUACCUCGAUGUCUCCAUCCUAGACAAGCCAGGCUUCGGUCUCGAGCUUAACCCCGCCGCUCCCUUGAUCCCAGCUUCUGCCCUCCUCACUCCUGCUCCUCAGAAGAGCCUGGCUCCGCCUACGGAUAAGGAAAAUGGAGCCAAUGGCGCGGCUCACUAG